AUGAACUACUACUGCCAUUACUACCACUACCACCACCAUCACUGCUGCUACUACUACCAUUACUACCACUAUUACUAUCACAACUGCUACCACUCCUGCUGCUACUAUUACUGCCUGACGGAGGCCCUCAUCUCUGGUUCUGACGCCCCCCGCCCCCCUGGCCCAAGUCCCCGGAGUUCUCAGUUUCCUGACUUGCACGUGAUUUUCCAGCAUGAGUCUCUGCCAAACUCGAGUUUCGACAUUGGAAACUCGAAGCUGGCUGUGUGCCAGCCACCGUGCCAGAACAGGGGCUCCUGCAGCCGGCCCCAACUCUGUGUGUGUCGCUCUGGCUUCCGCGGAGCCCGCUGCGAGGAGGUCAUCCCCGAGGAGGAAUUUGACCCCCAGAACUCGAGGCCAGCUCCCCGACGCUCAGCCGAGGGUUCACACAACUUGCGCAGGAGCAGCGCAGCCAGAGAAAGCACAGCGGCCAGAGCACGGCCACUGACACCACAGCUGCCACCAGCCAGGAGCCUGAGUGAGCUCAGCCAGCCCCGCCCCUCCCAGCAGCGCGUGGGGCUGUCCCGGACCGUCAGACUUUACCCGGCCACCUCAGCCAAUGCGGAGGGAUGGUGCCCAGCAGGCAGCAUAUCUGGACCACCUGUCAUCCCCUGGGGGCUGAACCUCACGGAGAAAAUCAAGAAGAUCAAGAUCAUCUUCACUCCUACCAUCUGCAAGCAGACCUGUGCCUAUGGGCACUGUGCCAACAGCUGCGAGCGUGGCGACACCACCACCCUGUACAGCCAGGGCGGUCACGGGCAUGACCCCAAGUCUGGCUUCCGCAUCUAUUUCUGCCAGAUCCCCUGCCUGAAUGGAGGCCGCUGCAUCGGCAGGGACGAGUGCUGGUGCCCCUCCAACUCCACCGGGAAGUUCUGUCACUUGCCCGUCCCAAAGCUGGACAGGGAGCUGGCAGAGAGGGGCUCCCACCACAGGGCCCUGCUGGAGGGCCCCUUGAGGCAGUCCACCUUCACCUUGCCGCUCUCCAACCAGCUGGCCUCUGUGAACCCCUCCUUGGUGAAGGUGCACAUUCACCACCCGCCCGAGGCCUCCGUGCAGGUGCACCAGGUGGCGCGGGUGCGGGGCGAGGCCGAGGAGGCCCCGGAGGAGAACAGCGUGGAGACCAGACCUGUGCCCCGGCUCCCUGCCAGCCCUGGCCACGGCCACUGGGACAGCAACAGCAUCCCCACUCGGCACGGAGAGGCCCCUCGGCCACUGCCCCCAGCGGCACCCAGGCCUCAGGGGCUGCUGGGCCGGUGUUACCUGAGCAGCAUGAACGGCCAGUGUGCCAACCCCCUGCUGGAGCUGACUACCCAAGAGGACUGCUGUGGCAGUGUGGGGGCCUUCUGGGGGGUGACCCUGUGUGCCCCCUGCCCGCCCAGACCAGCCUCUCCAGUGAUUGAAAAUGGCCAGCUGGAGUGUCCCCAGGGGUACAAGAGACUAAACCUCACUCACUGCCAAGAUAUCAACGAGUGCCUGACCCUGGGCCUGUGCAGGGACUCGGAGUGUGUGAACACCAGGGGCAGCUACCUGUGCACCUGCAGGCCCGGCCUCAUGCUGGAUCCCUCGAGGAGCCGCUGCGUGUGGACCAAGCCCUUCCCUAGGGUAGCCCCAGGGAAGUGGCUGCUGGAGGCAGAGACUGAACCUGGAGACCAUGGCUCAUGA